AUAAGAACUGCUGGCAGCCAGAACAGCCCGGUGAGCCUAAAAGGAAAGGAGCUGAAGAUCUCCUCUGUCAGCAUGAGUCUGAAGAAAGCCUGCAUCUUUCUCAGAGGGGGAACUAGAAGAAAAACGAGAGCGCUCACCAAUGAAGAGAUAGAAGAGUUACAUGAAGCUUUUGUAGAGUUUGACAAAGACAAGGACGGUUUCAUAAGCUGUAAAGAUUUGGGGAACCUGAUGAGAACCAUGGGUUACAUGCCAACUGAGAUGGAGCUGAUAGAACUGAGCCAGACCAUUAACAUGAACCUGGGAGGACGAGUGGACUUUGAAGACUUUGUGGAACUGAUGACACCCAAGCUUCUGGCUGAAACUGCAGGGAUGAUCGGGUUAAAGGAACUUAAAGAAGCCUUUAAGGAGUUUGACAUAGAUGGUGACGGCAGCAUCACAUCUGAUGAGCUGAGACACGCCAUGGUCAAGUUGUUGGGUGAACACACCAGCAAACGUGAAAUAGACGCUGUGGUGAGAGAAGCUGACAACAAUGGGGACGGGACGGUUGACUUCGAAGGUGAUCCAGUUUCAUCCGAAGCCAUGGGAUUCUCACGCUUGGUUGUGAUGCUGUGUGUCACCAUGAUCCACCUUGGCUCAGGUAUGCGGUUAAUGACCCCUGAGCUUGACACACCGCCAACACCAAACCCAGAUUCUUACCCUUUGGGUGACCUGAUCCAUGCUGCCCUGCAGAGCAAGGAGUACUUAGGUCGAGCUUCUGCAGGUACUACUACCAAUCCGACUCAGGCCGUGCCUGGUGUUGGUCGCUCAGCGUCAACAGCAACCGUCAUAUCACCAGGUCUGCUCACCACGGCUUUUGGCUCCUCAUCUGGUGUCGGCCAGGCUAGAUCCAGAAACGGCAUGUCCUUGAUGCCGAUGGAGGAGGAAACGACCACCACUCUCAUCACCACCACCACCAUUACUACAAUGCAUAUGCCAGCGCAGUGCAAUGCAACUUUGUCAGCAAUGGAGGAGGGGAUUGUUGAGUCACCAGAUCCUGCAACUUCUUCAUCUUUUUCCCCUCUGGAGUGCAGCUACAGUAUCUCUGUGUACGCAGGCUACGGCGUAGAGAUUCAGGUGAGAAAAGUCAACCUGUCCAAGGAAGAAUCUCUGACCAUCAUGGGCUAUGGAGGCACAGGCCCAGAACUCUUAGCCAAUGAGACACUGAUGAGGGAGAACCAGGUGAUACGCAGCACAACCAAUCAGGUGCACAUUCACUACCGCAGCCUCCGAGAGACCAACCACGGCGUUUUCAGCCUUCGCUACCAAGCCUUCCUGUUGUCCUGCCCCUUCCCUCGAUCUCCUGAGGGGGGCGGAGUCACAGUGACAGACAUCCAUCCUGGAGGUCUGGCACACUUCCAUUGUGAUCCUGGUUUUCAAGUCCGUGGCCAUGAGGUGUCAACAUGCGUCAACACAACGCAGCCCCACUGGAGCACCCCCGAACCUCAGUGUGUGGCUGUAUCUUGUGGAGGGUGGAUACGUAAUGCAACAGUGGGACGAAUCUUGUCUCCACCCCCACCAUCUGUCAGUAACCACAGCAAUGGGAAUAACCUGAGCUGCCACUGGUUAAUUGAAGCCAAGGAUGGACACAAACUCCACCUGCACUUUGAAAGGAUUGCACUAGAUGAAGACGAUGACAAGUUAAUUGUGCGAAGUGGAAACAGCUCACUGUCUCCCCCUCUCUUUGACUCUGACCUGGAUGAUGUACCAGAACGUGGGCUGCUCAGCGACAGCUCUGCUCUGUACCUGGAGCUGACUGCAGAUUCGUCCUCCAUCCCUCUGCUUCUGGCGCUACGAUAUGAAGCUUUUGAUGACGAACACUGUUGGGAGCCCUUUAUGCCACAUGGAAACUUCAGCAGCAGCGACAUCACGUUUCAACUGGGCACCACUGUUACCUUCACCUGUUCUCCGGGCUACGUCAUGGAACAGGGAUCUGGAACCAUAGAGUGUGUCGACCCCGGGAAUCCACACUGGAAUGAUAGUGAACCUGUGUGCAGAGCUCUGUGUGGAGGAGAGUUGAACGAGCCCACAGGCACUAUUCUGUCUCCUGAUUGGCCACAGAGUUACUCCAAGGGCUUAGACUGUGUGUGGCAGAUUCACGGCAAUGAGGAGAAGCGCAUUGAACUGGAUGUCCAGAUCCUAAACAUCCGACAAACUGACGUGUUGACUGUUUUUGACGGUCGGGAUCUCAUGUCCCAUGUGAUUGGUCAAUACCUGGGUCCCCGAGAACGUUUCCAGGUGGUGUCAGGGGGGUCAGAGGUCACUAUCCAGUUUCAGAGUGAUCCAGAGGAUUCAAGUUUCAUCCUAAGUCAGGGAUUCCUCAUUCAUUACCGAGAGGUUGAACCAAAUGACACCUGUCCAACACUGCCUCAAAUUGAAUUUGGCUGGAUCAGCUCCUCUCAUUCCACCCCUGUGAGAGGCAGUGUUUUAACCUACCAGUGCCAACCAGGAUAUGACAUCAGUGGCUCUGACAUCAUCACCUGCCAGUGGGACCUGUCCUGGAGCAGCAGCCCACCCACUUGUGUUAAAGUCCAGCAGUGUCCUGAUCCAGGAGAGGUUGUAAAUGGAGCACGCUCUGUGCGUCCAGAAGCAGGUUUCGCAGUUGGAACAGUUGUUCGUUUUUCUUGCAACCAAGGUUAUCAACUAGAAGGUCCCAGCCAAAUCUCCUGUCAUGGCCGAGACACUGGUAAACCUAAAUGGAGCGACCGCAGCCCCAAAUGUGUCCUAAAGUAUGACCCAUGUCCAAACCCUGGAGUACCUGACAAUGGCUACCAGACGCUGUACAAGCACAGCUACCAGGCAGGGGAGACUCUACGUUUUUUCUGUUACGAGGGAUACGAACUUAUUGGUGAGGUUAUUAUCACAUGCGUUCCCGGACACCCCUCUCAGUGGAACAGCCCACCACCGUUUUGCAAAGUUGCAUAUGAAGAGCUUUUGGAUGAUCAUAAAUUAGAAGUGUCCCAGUCUUUUGAACCAUCACAUCAGAUUCUGAGUGAAAACAUCGCUUUGGCAAUAAUUCUGCCAAUCAUCUUGGUCAUCCUUCUGAUUGGAGGAAUUUAUAUGUACUACACAAACAUAUGCAAACUAGAAUGGAAGCCCCUUUUCUGGAAGUCCCUGUCUCACACACACUCCUACAGUCCCAUUACAGUGGAGUCUGAUUUCAACAACCCUCUUUAUGAGGCAGGAGAUACACGGGAAUAUGAAGUUUCCAUUUAAGAAGAAACUGUUAUGGUGAAAAUUCAGAACGACACAAAGAUUUGAAGACUAUUUUACAAGGCAUCUUCCUUACUAUUUUAUUGCCUCAUGUCCCUGUUUAUAUUCAUUUCCAAAAUCCUCCUUUAUGUGUUUAACCAACACAUUAUAUUUACAUUAAUAAUGGCGGAAAUGUUGGGGGGUUUUGUUAAUGUGCCAAACGAGGGUCGUGCUUUAAGAUCCAGUUGUCUUUAUUACUAGGUGUGGUGCCUUAAGGAGGGUUAGAUAUUGACAACAACAAAACUGUCAGAAGAACAACAUAGGAUGAAGAAGCGGUGAAAAAAAUAUUUAUUUCUUCAGUUUUGUUAUUGCGAGGCCAAAAUAUUGGAGAACUUGGCAAUACUUUGUAUCUAACAAUCAAAGUUACAGUUGUAAGAUUACAAACUGAAUGUUAUUGAUGUUGGAUUUUCAGAGUGAGAAAGAAUGCAUUUUACAAAAUGUAAAAGAAAAUGUGAAGGAGACUUUUCUUUUUUCAUAUUAUGACAAGGUUGACAUUGACAGACUUUGUCAUUUCUCUCUCUGUGUUGAACACACACAAAGUGAAUGUAAAUAGUUGACUUAAUAUUGACUGAGGUUUAUAUGUAUACUUGGUAAUAGACUUGGUUAUAUAUAAACUUCAUAUAUACACUUAUACAUGGUGGCGGAAGGUUAUAUAUUUUCAUUGUAUACAUAUAUAUAUAUAUGAUGAAAAUUCAGUGCCAAAACACGGUGUAAUGUUGAAAUAAUUUAUUGUCUAUAUGUGUUUCAUCUGUUGUUGCAAUAGUGUUUACAAGCGCAGUGAUUAUUUUUCUUUUUUGCUGUUUCUGGGGUGCAUAGUCACCAAAGGUCAGAGGUAUUUGAGUAAAGGGAGAGGACAUGAAUGUCAUUAUGCUUAGAGCAUGCACUGACUGUACAUUCUAUUGCUUCUGCUCAAUCUUUGCCAUUAUCAUUAUAGUUAUAGACUGUCAUCAUUGAUAUCAGAUUUGAUGUUGUAUGCACUAUGUUGAUGAAAAAUUGCAAAACCUGGCUGCUUUAUGUGAUGAAUUAUGUAUUUAUUUACCAAUGAUUGUUUAAACAGUUACUCGCUGUGCCAAAUGAAGGAUCUCAGAGACUGUUGCUUUGUAGACUAAAUUUUUCUCUCAUUAUCAGUAGCAUUUGCUUUCUUUUCUUUUCAGAUAUUUUCUAUGCUACAUGUAUAAAUACACCCUUUUAAAGGCAGUGGAUUAUUUGCUGAGCUGGAAAUAAAGUCUUUGUUGAAUGGUG